UUCCUAACUUAAUCCAACCUAUCCUGACCUUAAAACAAUCCGCGCAGGAUAGUGACAUUAUUUUAUUUAUGUUCCACGUGUAAAAAGAAACCGAUUGAAUAUAAUUUUAUUAAACAAUCCAGAAGAAAGGUUAAAGUAAAUAUAGAAAUAAAUUACCUUUUCAAAAAUGUUGAAAUUAAUAAGCCCGAUACUUAGUUAUGGAAAAUUUAUGCAGAGCAAUUUGCCAGCAUUGUCCGGUGCCAUUACCUGUCCCUACGACUACACACAAGUCAGAUAUAUCCGUAAGCACUGGGAUCCGAAGUUUAAAAAGUUGAGGAGAUUGAAAGUUAUUAAAGUAAAACUUCCGGAUCUCGAAAAGGAAGACAAAAAUCCUAUGGAAUUGGAGAAGGAACAAAUGCGAUCGCAUAUAAAAGAAUUUGGAUUUAUUCCACAAAAAUCAUGGAAAGAGAGAGUGGCGUACAUUAGUUGUACUCCUACAAUUUUUGAGUCUUAUGUUGCUCCCGAAGGAGACGGAAAAUAUUCCGCUAUUACUAAAGAGGGAGCGAAGCAAAAGUAUGAAUUUUUGGAAAAAAAGAGCAAAUCUUUACUGGCUAUUAGAAAAAUUAAAACGUAUGACGAUAUGUUCAAAACAUCAUUUUUCUUAGAUGAGGCCUUGGAUAUCUAUAAAAAAGCACACGAAGCUUUAGCUGCCAAAGAUGAGGAGAAAUUACAGCAAUAUGUCACCGAAACGGCGUUUCCUCAAAUGACGCACAAUAUGAUGAACAAAACUGUACACUGGAAGUUCUUAGAGUCUUUGGAACCGGCUCGUCUCGUGCACGCGAGAACUACGGAUAUGAUCUCGAAAGAGAACGUUUUCGCCCAACUCACGGUUCGAUUUCACACGCAACAGAUACUAGCUAUUUACGACAGAUUCGGUCGCUUGAUGCAGGGGAGCGAAAUUUUAAGAAAGGACGUGUUGGAAUAUGUAGUAUUCGAAAAGCAUUUAGCUAACGAGUACGGUUGUUGGCGAAUUCACGGAAAGAUUAUACCGACCUGGAUGUCUCCAACGAAUGUGGUAGAAAGCACGUACGUUCUACCGAAAGAAAAACCCACUCCAAAAGCUACUGAUCCAGCUGCUGUGGAGUCUACGUUAGUGAAAGAAAAACAGGACGCACCAAGCGGUACGACCACUGCGCAAACGUGAAUCUGAUGAUACAUGUUAACUUAAUAUUAGAUAAUAUUUGUAUUGUAUGUAUAUUACAUGAAAAAAAGAAAUACAUUGCACUCAUCUGCAAUGACAAAUGAAU